UUGUCUGACUCGUUUUAACACAUGUCGAAAGACAUAUUUAUUACUCUUUUACAAGCUAAAAGCUCAAGUGGAGCGAUCUAUGGGCUUCUUGCAGUUUACCAACACGACAAUGGCCGAAUUGUCCGUAUAGGAUAUUUUUUAUUGGCCCGUACGUCCCAACCUGCCAUGUCUUUGGUUUUAAAAAUGGCGUAUACAAGCUUUUUGUUUGCCGGUGUACGCUGUUGAAUACUUUCCAAGACCUCGCGCGUAUUCCUAUAAGACCUAAACGUCGUGAAUAUGAAAUUAAAGUACAUGUAUAUGACAGCGUCGCAAAACAGUAGAUAAUGGAGAGUUCUGAAGAUGAUGCGGGCACAGCGACGAACGCUUCCCGCCGUGCAUCGGCGCGGGAAAAGGACGUCGGACUGGCCGAGGACGUCAAUGCAACUAGUAGUUUCCAGCAGGAACCAUCUGAAACGCGGACAGCUUGUGAUACUCCCGCGAUGUCGGAGGAUAAUUUCGACGGCGAUAGCGUACCGUCGCCGUCGACGCAAGACGUCAACGCGAGCACCGAGGCGAUUUUGGAUAUGAUAGAUGAAAUUGUUGACGGUCCGGGUGCGCCAAAGCGGGUACCUCUAGAAUCGGAAUCUGUAGAUACGCUUUUUGACGAACUCGAAAUCACCAGUGAUCACUCGAAUAUCAUCGUACAAGAAUCAAGUAACACUCUUUCGGACAACAUCACUGCACAUCCCGCAGAAGCAUCGCCAGCCGACAGUGCCAAAAACGAUUUACCGGUUCAGUUUGGCAUUAAUUCUCAGGCCGAAUCGUCUUCAAGUGAUCUAUCACCAGGUGUUGUAAAUGCAGACAGUGUUGACUCUUUACCACAAAGUUCAUCUCUGCCAGAGGCAAGUGAGCCUGCAGUGUCUACACAGCCUGAAGACAGUGCUCUGUCAAAUGUGGUACCUGAGGCAUCAGAAGCACCUGUUAGUUGCCCUCCACCCUAUAUUCCUUCCAGCAGUGAAGAAAAGACUGUGCUGAGCAUUACAGACUCUAGUGGUGAUUGUGAAACACAGGAACGAACAGUGAAGUGUGUGUCAUCCAGUGAUAACAGGGACAAUGUGACUGUCGAAAGUGCAGAAUCAACAUCUAGUGAUAGUAGUGUUAGUGAAGGUAAAGCAGUGUUUGUAGAAACGCCAGUUCGGUCACCACUCAAACGGCGUCUGGUACGGCCAGCACCCAGUGAUCGACGGCCAGACUCUACAGUGUCUUCAACUGUUGAUUCCCAAAUUGUUCAUUUUCCCGCUACUGAACAAACAAGUAGUGAAAAUAUCACCAAGGAUGUGACAAGUUCAUCUGAUGCUGUGCCCACAUUACAUGGUAACGUAAAACCAGAAGAGAUUAGAAAUGUAAGUGAAAAUAAUUUCUGCAAAGCAGAAACGUCUGUGAGUUCUCCUAAAAAAAUUAAGCUUAUUAGGCAAAAAGUUAUUUCUGGUACUAAUAAUAGAGAUAAUUCUAUUAAUCAGUCUGCCAUUCAGUCAGAUAAGGAUCAGUGUCAAUCAACUUCAUCUGAUAGCCAUUUGUUACCCUUGGCUGAGCCUCAUUCAGAAUCUUCAAAUAAUAUUAAUAUCUCACAAUCUCAAGACAGCAAUGAACCAUUAAUUCCUGUUGUUAAUUGCAUAUCUGAAACACCUGUACAAACAGUGACCUCUGAUGAACAUUCCCAACCCAGAAUAGAACAUUCUCAUUCAUCAAAACUAGAAGAGAUUGAAACACAUGAACAGACCCUAUCUGAUCAGUCCAGCUCAUGUUCACCAAAUUCUUCGGAAGCAACCAAACCUAUUGUCGAUGAUAGUAAUGUAGUAAACGAAACUAGUAGUAUAUCUGUUCCAAACUCUGCCCCACCACAAGCUGAAAUUAUUGAAAAUGAUUUGAUCCCUGAUGAAAGCAAUGUUAAUUAUGAUGAUCACGGGGAUAGUAAAGAUGUAGAAAGUGCUCAAAAUGAAGUAUUGCCUUCCUUACAAAACUUACCUGCAAGCACACAGAAUGUAGAGAGCUCGGAACCAGAAAGUAGCAAUAACAGAGCUCAAAAUCUUACAACAACUCAAGAUAGUGUGCAAAUUCAAGAUCAUACAGAGGACCAUCUUCCUCCAAAUGAGCAAAAUGAUAUGCAAGUUGAUGACCACACACAAGUCCAAAAUCAAAAGGACCGGGAAGAUAACAUGCAGGUGGAAGAGCACAUAGAAAGGCAGGAUCCCAAUCAAACUGAAGAUCAAACAAAACAGGAAGAUGAUAUGCAAGUGGAUGAGCAUACAGGAGAACAAGAUCACUCACAAGUCCAAGACCAAACUACCCAGGAAGAUAACAUGGAAGUACAAGACAACAUGAAACAGGAUGAUCAUACCCAAGAGCAUGAUCAUACAGAAGUGAAAGAUAACACACAGGCGCAAGAUCAUACACAAGUGCAAGAUCACACACAAGUGCAAGAUCACACACAGGCGCAAGAUCAUACACAAGUGCAAGAUCAUACACAACUGGAAGAUCAUAUACAAGUGCUGGAGCAUACAGAUGUGCAAGAUCACAUGCAAGUUCAAGAUCAUACAAAAGUAGAAGAUCACAUGCAAGUGCAAGAUCAUACAAAACUAGAUGAUCACACGCAAGUGCAAGAUCAUACGAAACUAGAUGAUCACACGCAAGUGCAAGAUCUUGCAAAAAUAAAAGAUAACACGCAAGGGCAAGAUCCUACACAAGUGCAAGCUCACACACAAAUCCAAGAACACACUGGUGUGCAGGAUCAGGCACAAGUGCAAGAUUACACGCAAGUGCAAGAUCCUAUACAAAAACAAGAACAUACACAGUCCGACCCUUCACAUGCGCAAGAUCGCAAGCAAGUGGAAGAUCACACAGAAGUGCAAGAUCAUAAAGAACUGGAAGAUCACAUCCAAGUGCAUGAUAAUACACAAGUGCAAGAUCACAUGCAAAUGCAAGAUCGCCCGCAAGAACAAGAUCAUACACAAGGGCAUGAUCAGACACCACUGCGUGAACACACGCCAGACCCAGUUAGCAUACAGGUGCAAGAAAAUAUCCAAAUGGAAGAUACUAAGCCAGUACAAGAGGAUGAAAAGAAAGUUCCACCUAUCAAGCUUAACUUAUCUAUGGCUAAUCUAACUGAAUCAAACAAAGAGACAGAACACAGCAGUAUUAGUAGAACCAAUGCUACCCAUGAAGAAUCUGAAGUCACCAAACAAGUCCCCAAAUUAACUAUCAAGUUGAAACAACCAGAUGAAAUUAAGUCACCUGUGCCCAAAGUAACAAUAAAACCUAUCAAACCACCUGUUGAACAAGAUUCAGAUGAUAACACUGAAGAUAAUCAUCAAGUACCUUGUGUAACUAAAAUAAAUAUUAAGCCUAUUCCUAAACCAGAAAAUCUUAAUGAGAAAACAUUGAGAUCACAACAUACGAUAGAAGGGUCCACUAGACCAAAUGCAAGUGUCACAAAGCUAAAUAUAAAACCAAUACCCAAACCUCCAGAGAAAAUAAAUGAUUUUCAUAGAAAAUCUAGUAGCAGCGAAAUUUCUGAAUCUGAAUAUUCUGAAAACGAUGAAACCAGCACUUCAGACCAAGCAUCUACUUCUGAUCAGGGACCUUCUGAUGUUGUCCCAAAAGUUACAAUUAAACUAGGAAAGCCUGGCACUGAAAGUGAAGGUAAAUUUUAUACUGAAAAGAAUAUUCCAAGACUUACUAUAAAAGUCCAACAAGAUGAAAAUGAUGAACAAGAACCUAAAUUAAAGAAGAUGGUAAUUAGUCAGUCAGAAGCGUCUUCUGACACACAACUUGAAAAAAUUCCUAAACUGACAAUAAAAACUAUCUCAAAAUCAGAAAGUCAACCUCUCAGUCCAAAGUUGACUAUUAAACCUUUGAAACCACCAGAUACAACCAAUAAAGAUGGAGAAAUAAUCCCUAAAACGAAGAUAUCUACUGAAUUAUUUGCAUCAGCAGAUGUAAAGGAGAGUCCACAUGUGCCUAAAAUUACAAUCAAACCUGUAACAAGGUCUACAGCAAUGUGUGACAGUCCAGAACAUAUCCCUGUAGUAACAAAAUUGAAUAUUAAACCUAUUUUGAAACCUAUGGACAGUGGAGAGACCCCUGAAGGCUUUGAAGAUAAAGUUCCUGUAGUUUCAAAAUUAAAUAUAAAACCUGUACUAAAGCCUAAAGAUAAUGAUGUAGAUUCUAGUGUAGAUGAUGUACCUAAAAUAACUAAAUUAAAUAUUAAACCAAUAAAGAAUCCUGAGGAUAUUUCUUCAGAGGAAAAAGACUGUGAUGAAUUGAAUGCUGACAUUGAAAAAAAUAGUAUACCUGUUGUUACUAAAAUUAAUAUUAAGCCUAUAAUUAAGCCUCAUGAUGAAGAAACACUAAAGGAUUCAGAAAACCAAUCAUCAGAGACUGGUAAUUCAAGUGAUGAUAAUGGAGACCACAUACCUGUUGUUACAAAACUAAAUAUAAAACCAAUUAUAAAACCUGACAGCUCAGAUGAAUCUUCUAAAACUGUUUCAUCAAGUGAACCAAGCAUUCCUGUUAUAACUAAAUUAAAUAUUAAACCAAUAAUAAAGCCCGGAGAAAUCUCACCAUCAUCCCCUAAAAAGGAAUACAAAAUUGAUGGCCAUAGUCCAAUACCGGUUGUUACUAAAUUGAAUAUUAAGCCUGUUGUAAGGCCUGAUGACUCUGAUUUAGCAAAAAGUAAGGAUGAUACUAUAGAUAAAACUCCCACAAAAAAUCCUCCCCUUGUGAUGAAAAUCAACAUGAAAACCAUGACAGAAAAUUUCAAUAAUGAACAUGCAUCUUGUAACAACAUCAUCAAUGAACCAUUGCCUAUGUCUCCUAAAAAAGUAAAGGUAACUAAUGCAACAGAAUCUAAAUCUGAAGCAGCCUCAGAAAAGAAUUCUAAAAGAAGUAGUGAAGCAGUAAAUGAUAUAUUGGCCCCAAUAAAGGACCAUUCUGGAGAAAAAGUCAAACAAAACUGUGUACCUGACUCUAUUGAAAAGAAUGCAGGUGUUGAAACACCAUGUGUAAAUAAACCAGCUUCAUCUCUAUCAGAAAAAGAAAAGCAUUUACAAUCAGGCACAGGCACUGAAUGUGAUUCUAUGGUUACAGGAUCCUCAUUUCCUGAGUCUAGUACAGAUAAAAUGCCAACUGUAAUUAAUGCAACUGGCCAAGAACACAAGAACAUGAAUUUAGGACCCACUGACUCAAUAAGUGAGGCAACUAUGAUGCAAACAAUUAGUAGACAUCAAGAAACAAGAAGUAGCAGAUCAGUGCAAAAUUGUACUUUAUUGAAAAAACUUUUAGAAAAUAAAUGUAGUAGUUUAGAUAAAAACCUUGAAAUAUCUCCAAUAGUGAAUUAUGCUCUGCCUGCUGAAAAUAAAAUCUUAAACAGUGAUCAUUUACUUGAAUCAGGAAAAUCUAGCUUCGAGAAAUUAAGUUCUGGAAAUCUAGAGAAAAUGGAGAGGAGAAGUGCUACUCCUGAUAAGAUAAAUGAUUCAAAAAAGUCUGUAGAUUCGAUUACACAUGCAAACCAAGAUCAUUGUGAUAAGCUAAACGAGAACUUAACCAAACCCUUAGAAAUUACCAUAUCUGAUAAGGUUACAAAUCAAAGUUCUGGCCAAGAUUCUCCAAGAAUAAUAUUAAAAAUUAAUAAGACUGAUCAUGGUCCCUCAGCAAAAAUUAUUACUGAAGAAGUAAAGAGGCCUGAUGUGCAACAGAACCUCUCUGAAAAUACUCAAGAUAUUGUAAAUGAUAAACAGAGUCCGAAAAAAUAUGUAAAUAGUAGAAAGAAACAAGCAUUAGAUACAUCAUUGAAUUUAUCUUCAGGCAAGCGCUUAAGGAGUUCAAGGAUCGUAGAAAAUACAGAAAAGACUCCAAUAGCAAAGCGGAAUAUGGGCAAGAGGCCAUCCACAACUGAUACUAGCCCUCCUCAAAACAAAGAUUCUGACCUUUCCUUGUUACAGAGUAAAAGGUUAAAAUUAGGACAACUUUUGAGCAACAAGUCCCUUACGAUUAGUCCUGUUGCUAAAGCUUCUCCGCCCUCACCCACAAAGACUGGUUUAGAUUUAAAACAGGGAGGUAAAAAUGUCAAUCACUCUCUAUUGAAUAAUGAGAAUUGUUCAAAGAAUGGCAACUCAAAACUACAUAAUAUUUUGUCUAAUUUACAUGCAAAACAAAAUAUGCAAUCAUUGUCUUAUAAUAAUACAAACUGUUUAGAAAAACCACAAACUGUGGCUACUGAUAAAGAAGUAAACGCUUCAGUGAGCAGCUUGGAUGCAGUUGGAACUACUUCCGUACAAAACUCGCAUCCCGAACUACAAGAAAUGAUAAUAAAUGAAAACUCAGAAUAUCGUGAGUUUGGCACUACUCCUGAAGAGGUUUCUCAAGAUCCUUUAGAGGUAGCCAGACCACCUGAGGAAAACACAGAGAUUGUAGACAUUCCUAAAUCAGUGGAAUUAACACCGCAACCUAAAAAACGGGGACGGCCACGAAAGUUGCCAGUAUCUGAAGGAGCGAAACCCGUGGCAUUGCCGGUGCCAGCCUUAGAAGAGCGGCCACAGCGGUCAUUACGCUUAAUGAGGGACAGGCCAGCAAUACUGACGAAACCACGAGGCCGUGGUAGAGGGCGAGGGGCACGACGUGUGGAAGCGACUACUCCGCCUACAGAACUCGAGACUAUUGUAGUUAUCGAACCUGCUGACGAACCGGAAGACCGACCACCUCCUGCCGAAAUCGACCCGACAAGUUCGAGGAUCAAGCUUCCGCGUAUGACGGAGGCACUCGACAAAAUGCCUUCUGCUUGCGUAACACCUUUGUCAAGUAGAAGACGGAAUUCGUCAGGGAAUUUCUCGACUGGUGAAUCGCCUGAAUUGAAGGUUGUGCUUGAGAACUCAAAAAUCGACGAUACGAUGAAGAGUCCUGAGGCUGGUGGUUCAGGGAGGGGUCGAGGUGGGCGAGGGAGCCGUGGUGGUCGGGGAAGGACGCCACGUGGUCGAGGACGGGGGAGGGGAGGCGGCCGUGGCGCUACCUAUAUGAAGGAAACUAUGGGCAUCUACGGGCGAGUGUGCGGGCCAGCUACGACAACAGUGCAGCUCUUCGAAGAAGAAACGUGUAUGAUGGACGAUAACGCCACUCCCGCUAAACCCACACAUUUAUUGGAUGAAGAUUCUCAAAGUUCUGUGAAGAGUUCGACGAAUGAAAGUAGUAAAAUGAAGAAAUCAAAAUUUGCUGAUUUGUUUGACAGUAAUAAGGUAUGGACGGCCGCGGACGUAAAGGAAUACACGUGGCCCCCACCAGACAAGGCUGAUGUUGAACAUAAGGUAAUGAUGAUCCAGGAGCAAGUAGCGAUGUUCCUAGGAGUGAAGAGCUUCAAGCGGCGGUACGCGGAGCUGAAGAGGCGGACUAUCUCUGGUGAGGAGAGGGACUACGUUCUUAGUAAAGGUCUCGUGACUGAAGCAUUGUGUGACCUUGGUAUCACGGCGGUAGACGCCAGUGAAGUAUUAGACAUUAUGUUAUCGGACUAUCCACACAAAUAUGAAGAGUUUCGGUCGUACCAACGGCAACGGCAAUUGGCUGAAGCUGCUGAGGAAUCGGCCGAAGACAUUAAAACCGAAGAAAAGGUGGUUAAGGUUGAAAUGAAACCGGAGAAACCGGUUGACCAUAAACCUGAGCAACCGAAAAUUGACCCUGAAAAGACAAGACAGGACAUGGCGGCGGCAGCUAUAGCGUCGGCGAGCGAAUGGAACGCGCGAACUAACGCCAUGCGGCGCGGCGCCUGCGCGGACCUGCAGAGCCUCACGGUGCAGCGCGCGCGCGCCCCGCCCGCCGCGCCCGCGCGCCCGCAUCUGCGCCCGCCCGCCGGCUUCUACCCGCACGCACUCCUGCCCGGCCAGUACCAACACUCCUAUAGGGUCUACACACCUGAUCAGCUACGGUACUUCCCAUUGAACACAGUACUAGCGGCGCCGCCUGCUCCUCCAUCAGAAGAAUGGAGUUCUGAGUCAGAACCUGACUGGGGCUCAAGAUUCUCGUCAUCCGAGGAUUCUGACGGCCCGACACAUCAUUCUGCUAAGCGGAAGAAAUUGACGAAGACAAAGCGCAGUAGCCAGGCGGAGACCCGUGAAGUGAAGGAGUCGCGGGAGCCGCGCGAGGAGACCCGGCCGGAGGACCUCUGUCGCGUCUGCAAGCUGCGCCUCGAGGCCAACCGGCGCUACACGCACGAACGGUUCCUCGUCUGCGCCAACUGCAACGCCAAGCUGCACCCGUCCUGCCUGGAACUGAGCGCGGACACGAUCCGCAAGUGCCGCGACUACGCGUGGCAGUGCGCCGAGUGCAAGACUUGCUGCACGUGUCGCCAGCCCGCGGACGAUGACAAGAUGCUCUUCUGCGACCUCUGCGACCGCGGGUUCCACAUCUACUGCGUCGGACUCGACACCGUGCCUAGCGGUCGGUGGCACUGCGUAGAGUGUGCGAUCUGCAAGUCCUGCGGGGCGCGGUCGCCGGGCGGCGCGGCGGGCGCCGGGCCCGCGCCCUCCACGGAGCCCGCCGAGUGGCACCACCAGACGCGGCGCGGCCUGGGCGGACACAAGGUCUACUCGCACUCACUCUGCACGCCCUGCGCCAGGGCGUAUCGCAUCGGUCGCUACUGCCCGCUCUGCGAGCGCUCCUUCAUCGGCCCGAAGGGGACCAUGCAGCUCGUCAUAUGUAAGCUCUGCGAUAGGCAACUGCAUCAAGAUUGCGUUAGACAGACGGUGUCUAAUCUGAACGUGUUGGACUACACGUGCGCGGAGUGCCGGCGGACGGGCAUCACGUCGCGCGCCGCGGCCGUGCGCCUGGCGCCGCGCACCAUCGCCACGCUGUUCAUGGCCAAGCGACGCUUCAACAAGUACGCGCACCGCCAGUACCUGGCCAGCCGCCGGCGCCAGGCCGAGGAGGCGCGGCUCGAGGCGGGCGACGACUCCGUGGACGCGGCCGAGGGAGGGGACGCGGAGCCGCUGCGCGUGGAGCUCCGCGACGACAUGUCGGAGGGGUCGGACGCGGCGCCCGACCUGGCCGACACCAGCGACCCGCUCGACGCCACGCCCGACGCCUGAACUCUCCGCGUGCGCGAGUGAAGCGGUGGACUGUAUACAAACUGACGUGUAAUAUAUAUGUAGCUGUUCUUAGUUCAUAUGUAACUCUUAUUCGCUUCGGUACUACGGUUGUAAGGUAAACUGUUACAUAAAUCUGAUUAAUAUAACGAUUAACCGGUAGGCUAUGUACGAGUAAGUUGUCGGAUAGUGAAGAGAUACUAGGUGUAUUGUCUCUUUGUGUUAUCGCUGCGUUUUAUUUUCUAUACGCUGAGAUGUUUGCAAGUACGAUCCGGAAGGAGCCGGCGCUGAAAUAUUAUGUAUAUUAUUAUAUCCCUAGUGGGAGUUAGACGGUUUGAUUUAACAGAUGAUAAAGAUCAUAAAAGUGGUUAGAUAGAUAGCUGUAGAUCGCAGGACUCUUAACAUUAAAACUGUACAGUAAUUUAAUACUAACUUCACUAUAUGGGUAGCUGGGCAAUCAUACUAUUUUUAAUAUCAUAGAUUUGAGUUAAAGUAUCCUGCAAGACAAAUCAUGUAUCUUAUUGUGUAUUCGUCCACAAUUGGUUCUGUUGGAAGUGAUUAGAUUACGAGAUAUUGUGUAGUUGUGCUGUUAUUACUUUACGACGGAUGAUUUAGUUGCAUUGUGCCGCAUCAUGUUCGUUUAUAUGUGUGAACUCUAUAUUAGAACUGCAGACGGACAUGGUACAUUUUGUCAUUUACGAAUUAGUUCUGAGGAAUACAAAUUAAAAUAAAUGCAUACAAUAGAAAUCUGCCUUUUAAUGCAUUUUUUAAUUUUGUUUCUAAAUUGUUUUUGUUGUCACUGCUGUUGAUGAAUCGGUCCACAUACUAUUGAAGACAGUGCGCAUUUUGUUUAUUUUUUAUAUAGUAUAAUUUUUAGAUUAUCGUUAAUUUCGCUUAAUAAGGUAUUUAUUUUAGUUGUACUUUUAUAUGGAUACAGCUGUAUACAAUCUUAUGUCCCAGAUAAUAUUCGCGGAGGAUUGUUAUAUGAACGUAGGGAAUUUAUAUAAAUUCAUCAGGUUUGGAUAGUUAUGAUUGAUUCUGUUUGCCUGUAAUGAAUUUUAUUUAUGAAUCGUUUGGGUAUGAUUAAGAAUAUGUUUCCCCCUAAUACGCACUUUAUGAAAGUUGUUGAUUAAUUACACUAGAUUAUUUUAUAAGAUUUUUAUCGUUUCUGUAGUUUAAUUAUUGUACGAAUCAAAUUCAGCAGCUCUUCUUUCAAAUAACAUUUAUUGUUUUCCUUACUUAAUUUCAAAGUACAAAACAUAGGCUACCUUUAUGUACUAUUUACUAGCACUCGUUCUGGAAGGCAAUAUGAACCCAAUGAAUAAAUAAUUAUAGUUUUAUAGAAAGAUCAAAUAAAUUAUUUAAUUCAGAGUAUAGUAUGUUUAUUUUCAUUAUGAGAAAAUUAUUUAUUUAUACCUAUGGUUACAAAGAUAGUAUUAUAGCAGAAUUGGGUGGUAUUUAUUUCCAGGGCGAUUCCGGGAAUGAUUAGUUGGACACUCUGGGUAGUAGUCCCUGCAGCCACUGGUAUUCGUUUUCGGUAUACGUAACAUUCGAUUCAACAACGUGUAUGCAUUUGCUGUACUUACGAUAUAAUCUCUGCGCGCUAUCGUCUUUUUAACCACUGCUGUGUGCAAUUAUCCCCCAUAAUGUUGUGUAUUAUAUCUUGUAUUAGAAUUAUAUUGUGUAAGUGCAGGUGACGACCUUAGUAACUUCAUUGAAUACUGACACUAAUGUAUCAAUGUUUUAGUUUAUAAUUAUGCUUUGGUUAAUAUUAAUCAUAAUUUACUUAUUAGUGAUGACUUUUAAGAUAAAAUUGAUGUCCUCGAAAUCAUGAUAAUAUAAACCUUUUAUACAAUAUACACAACUGACCCCGGUGUUACUCACACCGUAAUUCGCAUUGCUUUAUCGACACAGGUGAAUUUGUAAGACUUACUUGUAAGAGAAUAAUGAUAACUUUAUGUCUACUUAAUGCAAGUGUAAACGUUCUAGAAAUCUCGCACUGUUCGGUCAAUUUUUGUAAAAAAAGAUAAAUAAAUUUUAAUUUGAACUUUU